UCUUUAUACAUAAAAUUUGUUGCAGCCAUGCAUAUCAUGAACAAUUCAUGGUUUGCGCUUUCUCUUCUUUUAAUUUGCUUCUCUCUCCAAUCUUAUGUCUCUUUGGGUGCUGACACCAUCUCUGCAAGCCAAACUAUCUCCGGUGAUCAAACUAUUGUCUCUGCCGGUGGAGACUUUGUAUUGGGCUUCUUCAAGCCAGGUAAACCUUCGAACUACUAUUUGGGCAUGUGGUAUGGUAAAGUUUCUGAGCAAACUGUAGUUUGGGUGGCAAACAGAGAGAAUCCCAUUUCUGAUAAAUAUUCCUCAGUUUUAAGAAUCUCAGAUGGUAAUUUAGUCCUUUUCAACGAGUCCAAAGUGCCAAUUUGGUCCACAAAUCUAAACUCCGCCAUCACAAAUCCUCUGGAAGCAGUUCUUCUAGACAAAGGAAAUCUUAUUUUGAGAGAGUUGUCAAGUAGUUCAUCAAAAUCAUUAUGGGAAAGUUUUGAUCAUCCAUCUCAUACAUGGAUCCCCGGUAUGAGGAUGAGACUGGACAAACGGACCAACAUAAGCCAACGUCUCAUCUCGUGGAAGAAUAUAGAAGACCCUGCACCGGGCCUAUUCUCUUUUGAGCUAGACCCAAAUGGAUCCAAUGCUCUUAUUAUGUUGUGGAAUGGUUCUCAACCUCAUACUUACUGGUCUAGUGGACCUUGGAAUGAGAAUGAAAAGUUGUUCGAGGAUAUUCCUAGAGCAGAUUAUAUCUAUGAAUUCAGCUAUCAUACCAACGAGAAUGAGAGUUAUUUUACGUAUUCGGUGAAAAAUACUAGUUCCAUCAUUUCUCAAUCUUCUAUGGAUGUUUUAGGGCAGGGUAAACAAAUGAAUUGGCUCGAGCCUACCAAAUCUUGGAUUCUGAUUGGGGUUCAACCCCAUAAAAAUUGUGAGGUAUACGCUCUUUGUGGUGUAUUUGGCCGCUGCACUGAGGAAAGUCUGUCUUUCUGUGAUUGUUUGCAAGGUUUUCAGCCAAGCUCAGAGCAUGAUUGGAACUUGCAAGACUAUUCUGGCGGUUGUGCGAGGAAAACGCAACUGCAGUGUCAAAACAAUAGUGUUGCCAAUGGAGAGAAGGAUACAUUUUUAGCAAAUUUGAACAUGGCAUUCCCCAAAAAUCCACAAUCCGUGCCAGUGGAGAGUGGCGUCGAAUGUGAAACAACCUGCUUGAAUAACUGUUCUUGCACUGCUUAUGCCUAUGAAGACAGUCAGUGUUCUAUUUGGUUUGGAGAUCUUCUGGGUGUGCAACAACUUGGACAAGGCGCCUCAGAUGGGAAAACUCUUUAUAUCAAGCUUUCAGCUUCGGAGUUUUCGAGUCCCGAAAGUGAAAGGGUAACAGUCAUUGGUGUUGUUCUGGGCUCAGUGGCUUUUGCAGUUCUCUUGGGCCUUUUCGUGUUUGUGUAUUUGAGAAGGAGAGAAAACACAAUGAAAACAACUAAAGCACUUGAGAAGGGUUCUUUAACGGCAUUUGCAUACAAAGAUUUGAAAAAAGCCACCAAGAAUUUCUCAGAAAAAUUAGGUGGGGGAGGUUUUGGUUCUGUUUUCAAAGGAGUUUUACCCAAUUCAAGUGUCAUAGCAGUGAAGAAGCUUGAAAGCUUGAGCCAAGGAGAGAAGGAAUUUCGAACAGAAGUCAGCACAGUAGGAACCAUUCAACAUAUCAAUGUAGUACGGCUUCUGGGAUUCUGCUGUGAAGGUAAUAAGCGGUUGUUAGUCUAUGACUACAUGACAAAUGGUUCUUUAAAUUUGCAUCUCUUCCAUACAAAGGGUUCAAAUGUACUUGAUUGGAAAACAAGAUGUAGAAUCGCUCUGGGGUCAGCCAGAGGCUUAGCUUAUCUCCAUGAGAAAUGCAGAGACCGCAUCAUGCAUUGUGACAUAAAGCCAGAAAACAUUUUAUUAGAUGCUGAAUUUUUCCCAAAAGUGGCAGAUUUUGGCUUGGCGAAACUUGUUGGGCGAGAAUUUAGCAGAGUCCUAACAACCAUAAGAGGGACAAAAGGUUAUCUUGCACCAGAAUGGAUUUCAGGAGUGGCCAUUACAACUAAAGCUGAUGUUUAUAGCUAUGGCAUGAUGCUUUUUGAACUUGUAUCAGGAAAGAGAAAUUCUGAACAAUUCGAUAGUGAAAACUCGAAAUUCUUCCCAACUUGGGUUGCAACCGCAAUAACUGAAGGUGUCAAUGUGCUUAAGUUAUUAGAUUCUAGGUUGGAGGGCAAUGCUGACAGAGAAGAGGUUUUGAGAAUUUGUAGAGUGGCUUGUUGGUGCAUCCAAGAUGAUGAAACUCAAAGGCCAUCAAUGGGUCAAGUAGUUCAAAUGCUAGAGGGAGUUUUGGAGGUGACGCAGUCUCCAAUUCCAAGAUCUAUCCAGGCAUAUUCUCACUACCAAGAUCAGGUCAAUUUUUUCACAGCCUCAACCUCAAACCGGAGUCCACAAUCGCAAAAUAAUAAUAUUUUAGCCACUUCAUCAUAGGCUAAGAGCACCACAUUAUCCACAAGUAAUUUUGGUUUCUUAAUAUCAGUUUUGAGUCGUUAUUACAAUUGGGUCAGUCAUUGAAAAAGAAUGAAUUUUUGUAUUUCAUUAGAAAACAAUGUCAGAUAAUGUAAUUUAUAACUAUUUCACAUGAGCAUCCAUUAUAGUUAUUGAAAGAGUGCAAUGCUAACAGUUAUCACUUUGGAUUUCGAGAGUUAGGUAGAUUUGAUUAUAAUUUCUAGAUUUAAGAAUCUCACCGUAAUAGGCUAAAAGCAAGGGAGAUAGAUAAUAGUUGUCCUUUGAAAAAUGUGUUCAUGCCAAAAGUAGCACUAACAAGAAGAACACCAAAUUUUGGGUACAAUUUGGCAAAAAGAACUAAAGCAAUAAAAUUAUAGUAAACAAAAUGACAUUAUUAAAGUAGUUCAGUUUAGUACUUGGAACUCUACAUAUGUCCAAGUUAUGGCAUUAGGAAUUCUAAUUACAAUUGGGCAAUGACAAUACAUGUGAAAGUUGUCAUCCUUAAGUCUAUGUACAAUCCUCAAUUCAUAGAACAAGAGGUGAGGUUAUAUGUGUAAUU